UCGCCGUUGUUACCGUUGUCGCGAACAUGUUCGAGACGCGCAGUGAUUCCUCUUCGUCGCCGCGUUCCAGUGAAUACGAACACUAUUCGCCCGCCAAGCUGAUGGACCUCACCAACUCGAACGAAAAGUAUUUGCCCACCGUGUUGCCCCACGAGUCCGUCCACCAAAACACCUACAACUACUACAACUACCACCACAAGGAGCAGCCGUACCAGUCGGAGCUGCGCUACUACGAGGACGAGUACCCCGAUUCCAGGACGCAGAGCUUCGAUUACGGCGAGACGUACAUCAAAGUGGAACCGGAGGACGAAGCGGCGCCGAAGCCGCGGGGCAGGAAGCGCAAGAGCAUCGAAUCGGACGACGAGAACUCCAACUCCAACUCCAACUCGAACGGCAACUUCGGCAAGUGCAAAGCGAGACGGAAGAGUUCCCAAUCGUACGAGGACAUCCAGAACCAGCGGAUCAUGGCCAACGUGAGGGAGAGACAGAGGACGCAGAGUCUGAACGAGGCGUUCGCCAGUUUGAGGAAGAGCAUUCCCACUUUGCCGUCGGACAAACUGUCCAAGAUACAGACGCUCAAGUUGGCCGCCCGCUACAUCGACUUCCUCUACCACGUCCUGUCGACCUCCGCCCCCGAGAACCCGGACAACAACGACGUCCUGGGCAACGUCUGUUCGUACACGGCCCACGAGAAGCUGUCGAGGGCGUUCAGCAUGUGGCGCAUGGAGGGCGAUUGGAACACGCAACUCUAAACACCACCAACCCCAUCAAUCAACCAGCGUGCUGAUGAAAUAUGUGAUAAACUGUACAAAGGACCAAAACAAGGACGAGAAGGAGGAGAAGGAGGAGAAGGAGGAGAAGGAGGAGAAGGAGGAGAAGGUGGUGUGUGUGUGGGUGACCGAACGCACAAAGUGGUGUGUAAAAAAGUUGGACGAGAACUUGAUACGUUUGGGAACGGGACUGACUGCUCUCGGUUCCACAGCUGUGUCCCAACGACCAUUUUGUAAUUGCGACACUUUAGGACUGUUAAUCAUUUGUUUUAUUCCAUUUUCCAAAAGUUAGUUGAUAAGUUUAUUAUUGUUUUAUACCAAACAAACAAACAAACAGAUUGAUGUAUUUAUUUUUGUUGAAUAAAAUUAUUUUUUUACA